CCCUUCGCAUGUUCUCUACUGUUAUUUUCCAACAUGGCUACCAGCAUGAUAAGCAAAAAUCGCGAACCGGCUUUUAUGUCGAAUUUGACGCCCGACUGGCUUAAAACAGAACUUACGACAGGGACAACUAUAGCUGCUGUAGAAUUUGAUGGUGGUGUUGUGAUUGGUGCAGAUUCUAGAACAACAUCGGGGGCGUAUAUUGCCAAUAGAGUUACAGAUAAAUUAACAAAAAUUUCAGAUAAGAUUUAUUGUUGUCGAUCCGGUUCAGCAGCCGACACGCAAGCCGUUGCAGAUGUCGUCAAAUAUCAGCUGAAUUUCUAUCAAAUGGAGAUGGGAGAAGAACCGUUUGUACAAACAGCAGCUCACAAAUUUAAAGAAUUAUGUUAUGAUCACCGUGACAACAUCUCGGCUGGUAUUAUUGUAGCCGGUUGGGAUAAAAAGGAAGGAGGACAGGUUUUUGCUGUACCACUUGGUGGUAUGGUAAUAAGGCAGCCAUUUGCUAUCGGGGGAUCAGGAAGUACAUAUCUCUAUGGUUACGUUGAUUCACAGUUUAAGAAAAAUAUGACUAAAGAAGAAUGUCUACCUUUCGUAGCAAAUGCUUUAUCUCUUGCUAUGAAUAGAGAUGGAUCUAGUGGGGGUAUUAUUCGACUGGCGGCCAUUACUAAAGAUGGAGUAGAACGAGUUAAUCUAACGGGAAACCAAUUACCCAAGUUUUAUGAAGAUCAUUGAUCAAUAUAUCUGUUAUAGUUGCUUCAUCUCAAUCACUCAUGUAUAUAUUAUAAUUUGUAAACAUUAAUAAAUGGUUUCCAAACAUUUCA